GCGGCCGCGAGCCGAGAUGCCCCGACCCGAAAGAGAUAAGCCGCCACCGCCGCUGGCCGGAGCCAAAUGGCGCUGCUAUCGCCACCCUCCGCUCCGCCCCUGCUCACACCAGCUCGCCACCGCCUCGCCUCUCCCCAUCUCCUCGCCAUCCCGGCGUCACCGAGCUCUCUCCUCUCCCUCCCCCACCACCACCACAGCCUCCUCCUCCCCUGCGCUGCCAACGCCUGGCCGCCCCGCCGGCACCGUCGCCGCGGCAUAGCCGCGUCGCUCGGGCAGGAAGAGCCUGGAGUCUCCGACGCCCCCAUCACCUCCGAAGGAGAGUUCGGAGAGGGCGACUCCGAGCUGCCGAUUAACUUCGAUGCAGAGGCAGGCGCGGUCGCGGUUUCCGCCGAGCCGCCGGCGGACGCCAGCCUCGAGGACCUGGAGAACAUCCGAGAGAUCAAAAGGGUGCUGGAGCUUCUUCAGAAGAACAGGGAUAUGACCUUCGGCGAGGUUAAGUUAACUAUCAUGAUUGAGGACCCUAGAGAUGUAGAAAGGAAGAGACUGCUAGGCAUAGAGGAUCCUGACGAACUUACCAGGGAUGAUUUAGCUGAUGCUUUGGUUGAGGUUAAUGAAGGACGAAUUCCAGAGAAUCGUGAUACUCUUAGGUUGCUUGCCAAGGAGAUGGCAGAAUGGCCCGAUGUUGAUGUAAAGAUAGAAAGUCAAAAGGGCAAGGGUUUCUUUGGCAGAUCUGUCUAUGCAAAGGCCACAGAUACUGGCAUUGAUCCUGUGGCAGCUGCUAAAAGACUCAACAUUGACUGGGAUUCUGCCGCUGAUAUAGAUGAAGCAGAGGAUGAGGAUGAUGAAGAUGAAGUUCCAUCAGCAGUGGUAAGGGAUACGGUGCUCUGUAUCUGUUGACGGCUUUCCCUGUCAUUAUUGGAAUAUCGGUCGUGCUGAUCCUUUUCUACAACUCUCUACAGUAGUGCACCUUUGCUUCUCGAGAAGAUGCUGCCUUUUUCUUGUAAAGCCAAGUUACAACGCCGCUGAAUGAGCACCCCUUUCUUAGUCUCAUAGUAAAAUAGUUUCUGCAAUGGUAUGACAACAUUGUAAAGCUCUGAGGUUGUACACCACACAAGAAGGAAAAGGUCUUGAAAUAUUGGCUUUUUCUAGGGAAACUGAAAGCUGAUUAUUCUGCGGUUUUCUUUA